GGGACGCUGCCCGACCCGAAGGUGAGACUGCUGUCGCUAGUUCUCUCCGACCCGGACCUCAGACCCCAGCCCUGCCCCUGCAGGCCCCCCAUUCGUCGCUGGAGGCAGCAGCAUGGACCUGACUCUGAAACAGCUAAUCUCUGAUGCGGAGCAACGCGGAAACGUCGAGGCCCUGAAGAAAGCUUACCAGCUGAUCAAGGCGGCCAGUGAUGGUCAGUGCGCCCUGGACAACUCAGAGAGCUUCAGUCUGGAGCUGGCCGUUCUGUGUGCGGAGCAGGCCCUCAAGAUGAAGCUUCCCGAGGUCACAGAAGACUGUGUGAAUCUGUACUUUCGGGGGAUGCCCCUCCCCAGCCAGUUCAGGGGCAGAGCGUACCUGUGCCAGGCCCAGCUGUACACGCCAGAAUCCAUGGAAAAGCUGGAUGAAUUUGAGAAAAGUGUGACUCAGUUCAUGAAGACCAUCAAGUUUGCGAGUGAAGACCCCAGGUAUUACUUCCUGAUCUAUAAUGCAUCCGUCCUCUACUGGAAAAUGGCGAGAGCUUUUCUCAAGCCCGGCCAUCGCCAGUACCUGAUCCCGAGCCUGGCUCAGAUCGUCAGUACACUGCAGCAGAUCGACGAGGAAGACAAGGACUGGCAAGCCGAGCUCAUGAUAGAACUCUUGGAAUGCUACCUGGAGGCUGGCAAGAUGGAGACUGCUGCGACAUUCUGUGCUGACGCCGCCCCGUUUAUUAAGACGAAUGCCCCGCACAGAUACCGACGGAUAUUUUCCAUCAUGGUGCAGCACAAGCUUGCGGAUAUGACAAAGAUAAAGGAGGAAAUUAAAGAUUCCAUCGACCUGUCCGUCCUUUUUAAUAUCAACACAUUAAAUUCGCCACUGAACAAGAAAUUGACCCCCCAGGAGACCAACAAGUACCUGAAAGAGGCCUACGACCUCUUACAGGGCUAUCAAGACGAGGAAUCUAUCCAGGAUGAAAAGAUCCCGUUGCUCUUAGAAUUAGCCCGUCUUUCAUUGAGCUUGAAAUGCGUAGAAAUUUCCAGAGACUGCAUCGAAGACCUGAAAGCUGUGAAGCAGAUGGACCCCGGGAGAAUGAUUGAAGUAGAAUGCUUGGAGUAUGAACUGGAAAUCCUAAUGAUCGACAGCAAGGUCAAGGCCUAUACGCGGAGUGCCGUGGAGACCCAGCUGAACGUGAUCAAGCGACUGAACUUGGCCUUGCUCCGGGCCAACCGCUUGAAAGACCCCAACGUGAUCCAAGUGGUGUGCGCCACGCAGUGGAACGUCUGCCUGCCUCUCCUGCAGCACAACCUGCGCGGCCAACUGCUCAAGCCCUUGAUCCAGGUGGCGGAGAUCCUCGAGAAGAUAGACAGCUUGAUGAUUGUGAUGCGCUGCCAAGUGCACAUUGAAAUCGCCCACAUCGAGGAGGAUGAGGACAGGCUGGAGGUGGCCAUGGAGCACCUGCAGAAGGCGAUGCGGCUUGACUACCUGGAGGAAUACCAAGAGCACCUCAAAAUGGCUUACAACCGUCUUCACCUGCGCGCCAUGUUGUACGAGGUGCCCAAGCGCAUGGAAGACAAGGCCAUCAUGGCUAUUGAACAGGCCAAAAAAGCAAAACCCAAAGACAGCGUAAGGAAAAAACGGGCUCUGCUGGUGAACGUGGGCCUCGCAUUGGCUCCGGAUGCUUUUCAGAUUGUUCUAGAUGGCGAAAACGAGACCAAAGUGUCUGCUGGUAAGAGCAGGAGACAUAUCAGCUUCCUCUGUGCCAAGGCCCGCCACCACACAUCGAGCAUCGACAAAGCCGAUGGGCAUCUGAAACGGCUGAAGGCGGACAACCGCGAGGAAAGGAUCUACAUUUGGGCCGAUUUAGCCAAGGUGGCCCGGAAGCAAGGCGUGUGGGACGUGUGCCGGACCGCGUGUAGAUUCUGCCUCCUCUAUGACGUGAUGGCCAAGAAGCUGUCCAAGGUCCGCAAAGGCAUGGGCAGGAAGAGGAAGGGGGGGCCUGAGACCCUCCUGGACAUCCCUAGCUCUUCAGAGAUGAUGCUGAGCCCCAAGCCCGUGGCAGUGGACAUCCAGCGCACCUUUGCCGAAGUGGGCUUCAUCAAUGCCGAGGCCAUCAUCCACUUCCUUCAGUCAGAAGGCAUCGAACUGAAUGACCGGCCGGUCCCCCCGGAGACCUCCGUCCAACACCACACCGGCAAUGUGGUCGUGCCACCCGAGGAGGAUGCAGAGUGGCUCACCUACAGCUCCUGGAUCGAGAACCUGUCUCAGUCCGUGAUGAGAAACUGGCUGCGCUCAGCCGAGAUCGGGCAGGAGAUCAACGAGGCGUGGCUGGUCCACAACACAGCCGUGUACGUGCUCAACCACAAUCAUCACCUGAUCUGCGCCGGCCGGCAGAGGGAGCUGGUGGACCUGCUGCAGGCCCUGCUGAACAUCCUGAGGGUCACGGGCCACAACGGAGACACCGUCAUGUUGGUGUUGCUGUGCAAUGCCCUGGCUCGGGGCCUCAUCCUUUCCUGGAUUCCCUCCCACACCUCAGAAAAGGGCCGCAGGUUUCUGAAGUCCGUGCAGACCCACGUCACCCCGCUGGAGUGGAGCGCUGCGUCUGAGGUCAAAGCUGCCAUUGAGGUUUGUGACUUUGGUCUCAAUCUGACCAAUGGGAAUUUGCCUCAAGAGAUAGUGCCCAUUGGCAUCCGGCAGCAGCUCAUUGCCACCUGGGUGAAAGCCAAGCAGCUGGUUCAGCAGCAAAUCAGCAACAAACUAGGCACAGAUGACGAGUGCAUAAAUGAAAUCCAGGUGCGAAUGACCAAGGUGCUGGUGGCCUUGGAGAUGUACUCUUGCAAUGGACAGGGCCUCAUGGACUUCAACCUGCCCUCCUUGACCCAGAUGGUGAAGAUGGCCUCAGAAUGCGUGUGGACUGACCCCCUAGUGGAACUCCAGAGCCUGGUCCGAAUGGCGCAUUUUGCUUAUAUGUUACGUGAUCAUGAAAACGUGAUGGCCUUGUCCAAAAGAGCCCUGGCCAAGGGGGAGAAAUCCUUAGAGAACCAUCAGGAAAUCAACUCAGAUCAAACGGAAAACCUGUUUCGAGCUGAAUUACUGAGUGCCUUGCUGUGUACCCAAGGGAAAAGCAUCAUGGAGAACCUGGCGGGAAGGAAGCAAUUACGGCAGCAGGCAGCCAAGGCCUUUCUGUCCAGCAUCUGGUAUGCAGGCUUGGCAGGGAACCACACCUUGGUGAUGCAAUCAGCCCGCCAUUACUGGAAUACCUGCUUCCCGUUCUUCAGCUCCCCAUUUUGCCGGAAGAAGCUGAAACAAUCCAUCCAGCUUAUCCUCAAAACCAUCAGCAAGACAGAAAACAAAAGUCGGGGUAAGGACAAGUCCUUGAUUCUGCACCAGUGGCCCAGCAUAGACCUGCAGUACAGCGGAAACACCAAUGGUCACUUCCAAGCAGGUACCGAUGACGACAUCACCCUGAAGAUGGCCCUGUACGGGCUCUUGUUCCACAUGCACGCUGACCAAAAUGACCUGCAGGGCGGACUCCGGGCUUUGGAGGAAGCUAUCCAAGUGUUGCCUCGAACUGGGCACCGACUGUUGAUUUUCAAACAAAUGGUGAUGGUGAAGGCCAAGCUUGGCCAGAACUUCUCGAUGGAGAUCCAGAAGUUCAAGGACACCAGUGAGGACUACUUGUCCCAUGUGUGGCACUGCCUGGCCUUCAGCUCCAAGGACCUCCUGGGGAGUCUCUACUGCUACUACAAUGCCAUCCAUGCACUGCAGAACCCUGAGAGCACCUGGAAGAAGAUCAGUUACCUGAUGGAGUUCUCCGAGUGGCUGUAUGACAAUCAGUUUCCUAUUAACAAUGUCUUAUUCCACCUGGAUUGGGCCAUUGACCUCCUACUUGGCAUGAAGACACAAAACAGCUGGAUUGAAGAGCUGGGCAUUUCACCAGUGCCAAUGGAGGACCCUGGGGAGGAGGAGGAGGAGGAGGAGGAGGAGGAAGAGGAAGAGGAGAAGGAGGAGGAGGCUACUGAGAAACCACCUUUAAACCAAGACGGACUUUUGGAAGAGUCUUCUGAGGCAGCUCCAAAGGUGACCUUGGAGACCUUAACAAGUGUGAGGCAGCUGGAGACGCUGGCCUGCGCCCACACGCUCCUGGCACUCGUGUCAGGGAGGGGGUAUCCCCAAUAUGAGGAGAAUUGUUUGAUGGCCUACAGGUACAUCAUGCGCAUCUGGGAGGUCUCCUUAGAAACAGUGGGGAAUAUUCUGCUAACCUUCCAAGAAAGCCCAGGAGAACCAAGCAUACAAUCUCCAUCCAUUAAAAAGGAAAAAGAAAGGAAGAAGAAAGAGAAAGGCAAGGACAAAGACAGAGACAAGCAAAAGGAGAAAAAGCCCAGCAAAGAGCUGUCAGGGAUCCAGUUCAUAAUGGCCAAUAAGCCAAUCGAAGCUUUGCCAGCCAGUGUGGAGGAAUGGGCUUUCUACCGCUGCCACAAGGAGGUCAUUGCCCUCUUCAUCCAGGAUGCCAGCCACUCUACUAUCAAUAGCAACACAAUCCUGAAGCCUAAUUUCAGCCUCUACUACUUGGACCAGCUGGUGAAGGCGCUGAACUCGCUUUACCUCAUCCACCUCACACUCCCUGUCCUCCAGUUUGCUGUGGUGAUUUCUGACUUAAUUAUGGAGAGUAAAACUGUCUCUGACCUCUACCACCUCAGGCUGGCUCUGGCCUGCUCUGAGUUGCGGUUGUCCGAAGCAGUAGCCUUUCAUGAAGAAAUUGUGGGAGGGGUCUACAUCAAUGAGCUGGAGCAAGCCAGUUGUAGAAAUGAAGUUAGAUCAAAGAAAGAAAAAAGGAGUGAAUUUCUGAAAGAAGUGGCCAAUGAACGGAAUAGCCCCAUGAGGCAGAGCACGCCUACGCCAGCCGUCCGGGAGGCCAAGGAUAAGGUUUUGGAGAUCAAUGAGCAGACAGGGAAAGGACUCCAUGGCAUUUCCUACCCAUACCUGUGGAUGUACAAGGCUGAAGUGCUUCUCCACAUGUACUCCUAUCAGCCGGCAUGGCUGCUCCUCGCAGAAGCCCAGGUGGCUUUUCGGGAGCUCGGGGAUGGUUGUGCAGAGGCAAGGAGCCUAUAUCUUCUCGCUGAACUGGCAAAGAAAGAAUUAAGAUAUGAACAGGCCAAGAAAAUGAUUGAGAAGGCCCAGAUCCUGGGAGGAGAUGAAGAAUUCUGGUAUCACUCAACAGUAUCACUAAUAGAGACACUCUUGGCACAAGAGAAAGGAAGAGAAUCUCUGAUUCCCAACAUUAUCCAGAAGACGAUUGAUACUUUCCUGUCUCUGAUCCAAGAGAGACCCAACCGGAAGUCCACCCUGAAGUUCUUGGCCAUAUCUCUGGAAGCCAGGAGUGCACAGAUCCAGCUGAAGAUUGUCCUGGACUCAGCCAGAGAUGACCCUUUAGACUUUGUGUACUUGCUAGAGGCUAUUGACCACAGGCUGGUAAAAUUUGAGAAAAGAUUUCUUGAGAAUGGUUUCAAAGACCACUGUGUGGAUCUGAUCCUCCAAUCUGCCAAGAUCAAGGAGUUAUUUGCCAAAUAUGAGACUGAUGAAAAAGAGAAGGUCUGCUAUUACUUGGAAGCUUAUAACUUGACCCAGAAAGCUAUUCGGUACCUGGAAGAAAUAUAUUAUAAUAUUCAGUCCCUGCUGCCCCUUAAUGAGACCCAGAACAUUAGCACCCCCCUGAUGAGGAAGCUCGCCAACCUCAAGUUGAAACUGGCCAAAGUCUCUCUGGAGAUACUUCAGUAUAAUCAGGAAAAAGCUCUUCAGGAAGAAAUGAAAAAAGGGACCUGGGAAAAAAUCCUGGCUGACUACUUGUUGAACACCAGCGACUUCACCAAAAUGGAAUGGGACUGGUUCAACCUGAAACGGACUGUGGCCCACAGAGCUCUGGCCCACUUGGAGAGCAUGCAGCAAUUCUGCAUUAGGUGCAUUGAACUUCGAGCAAAAUUCUUGUUCUUCACUGGGAAAACCCUCCAUCUCCUGGCUCUUCAGACCGACCCCAUUCAUUUGUCUCAUUACUGGGAUGAAAACUUCUUGUAUGAUGCUAGAAUAGCAGCCGCAGCGUCCCUGGAGACAGACAAGGAGGAAGUCGAUUCUGAAUCAGGUCCGAAGCCAGAGCAGAUCCAGGAAGCCAGAGAAUUAAAGAAAAGGUUUGCAUUGGCCCAGAAAUUCCACUCGCAGACUUCAGAGGUUCUCCUUCAGUGCCUGCAAGUCUGUCUUAAUAACAACUUGAUUGGCAUUGCAGCCAAAGCCAGUCUCGAGAUUGUGGAAAGCACUGGUGUCAUGGACCAACCUUCAGCAUGCCAGUUCCUGGCCCUGUACCAGAGCUGCUCGGCAUCCCUGGCGAUGAGAAAACUCCUGUUAUCAGUCACAACCAACACCAGCAGCUCCCAGCUGGCAGCCCUCCUUCAACUUCGCCAGAAGAUGUUGCAGCAAGGGAAGUUGGGCACUGCCCUCUUUGAGAGUGUGGAGCAGAAACUGAGGCAGAUUUCCAAGGCCUGGCAGAACCUCUGUGUUUCCGAGCAGCAUUUCAAUAUUCUGAACGACCUCCCUCCAAGCUAUCGACUCAUCAUUCUCCAGCACUCUGUGGACAGGUCAACCCUGUAUGGCAUGGUGUAUGAGAAGCCAAAAUUUGGCCCUGGACCCAAGGGGAAAAUCGUUCAGAUCAGCGGCCAGUGCAAGGUCUUGCGCGUCCGCAGGGACCCUGCAACCAUCUCCAAAUUGCUGAACACCAUCAGUCACUUUAAAGAGGAGCUUGUUCAUUCUUUCCCUGAUGAAACAUCAGAGGAAACACAAAGUUCUAUGUCCCUAGAGGAAGAAAGGCUAAUCCACAAAUUCAACGACAUUUCACAGUCCAUGGAGGUGUAUCUGAAGCCGGUAUUUGCCGCCGUCCAGCACUGGGACGUCAGCCUGUCAUCAAAAUGUGCUUUGGACCCUAGACCCCAGGUCGAAGGAGUAAAAAAGACAAAGGAAAAGGAACAGAAGCCCCAGGUCGAAGGAGGAAAAAAGACAAAGGAAAAGGAACAGAAGCCCCAGGUCAAAGGAGGAAAAAAGACAAAGGAAAAAGAACAGAAGCCCCAGGUCGAAGGAGGAAAAAAGAUGAAGGAAAAGGAACAGAAACCUCCGGUGGUAACACAAGACUCCUUGGGCCCUCCUGUGGAAGUGGCGGACUAUCUGAUCCUCAUCACGGACCGGUUACUCUUGGAGAUGCCCCUGGAAACGGUCGCAGCCUUCAAAAAUGGGAGCAUCAGCUCUGUGUCUCGGGAGCUUUCCCUGCAGAUGCUGGCCAAUCGCCUACAGAAAGAGGAGCCAGAAGUUUCCAAGAAAGACAGUAAAGGUGCCAAAGACGCCAAACAGAAAAGUAAAAAGUUCGGCAAGAAGUCAAGCCGGAUCAUGCCCGCCAACUGUAUUCCUGUGGAAACGAACAAUUUCAAAUAUAUUGUGGACCCAUUUGAGGAAGCAAAGGCAAGCAUGGAGGCUGUCACUCCUAUCUUCAAAGCUCGUGAGAUUCUGGACAAAUACCGUGACCUCUUCACUGGCCGAUGGUUUGGGUUUCUGGGCAGUAAGACCUUUCCAAGCCAAACCGACUGGGAGCAAUGCUUGAGCAACUGCAGUGGGUUCUUCUUCUAUGGCAUGGAGAACUUGCUGUCUCACGUGCUCAUAGAUAGUCUGAUCACCAUGAAUCUGCAAGAGUGCCAGAUGAUAAUCCUACUGAACUUGACGCAUACCGUGUACAGCAACCGGAGGCGGGCCAAAUUCGACGAAAUACAGAGACCUUCCCAGCUCUUGUUGCACAAGCCAGUGGACACCGUCAUCCUGCUCAGCCUCAUUGGGGUCCGUUCUGUGAUGAGCAACCAGUGGCCCACCUACUUGUUUUGCAAUUCAAGGAGGGCUGACAUCCUGUUCGAGAACUUGCUAAGAAUUGGAAAGCCAAGUGGGAAAGUCAUCUACCAUUUCCUGAAGUCAGGCUUCACUGAAAUCGUUGGGAAGGGAGAUUCUCCCAAAACUUCUGGAGAAAAAGUCUCUGAGCAGAGGACCUCAGUGCCCACCAAUAAAGCCCCCUUUGUGCCACCCUGGGCAAACUUUAACUUUGUUCUCUUCGGGCUUCCAAACCUCUUCAUUGUCUAAGCCUGAUCUGACCCGAUGGCCCUGGAUCAACGCCUGCAGCUCCACCAACUUCCUUCCAACAUCUGGGUGUCUGCACCAUUUGUGACAUGAGACUCCACUGCCUCAGCUUCUGAAGACCACCGGUGCGCUUCUGCUCCUGCUCCCACAAGCUGCCCACCGGAUCUGGCUCCAGUGCCAACCUCUGGGGCCACGGUCCUCAUCCUCCUCCCUGCUCAUGCAGUCACCGACCCCCCAAUCUGUCCUACGUGCCUGCCAGGCCACCUCCUGCUGCUGCCCCAGCAGCAAAGCUUAGUCUAGGGUCUCUGGUAGCACGCUGGGGCUCCGGGGAUGGGAGAGGCCUUUAGAAACAUCAGACUUCGGGUGGGUGAGGGUGGACAGGGCAGGCCAAGGGACAAUGGAGGGGUGCAGAGUGAGGAAAGCAGAGAGGUGGGACACAAGGCCCAGGGAGCUGGGAGCUCAGGGCAGAGGCACAGAGGGGAGGGGGCCCGGUGCCUUUCCUGGACUGUGCUUUCCUAUUUCUGCAGCUCAUCCCCCCCCCCAAAUCUUGUGCUUUUCAUCCAGUCGGGUCAGGAGGAAG